AUGGGGCUGGAGAAUGGUAUUGACAAAGGAGUUGAUGAGGCGGACAUUAUCAAGGCCCUGAAGGGGCAUGUAAAAGAGGGUUACACGUUUAAUCCUGUAUCACCUUUAAAAGAGGAGAAUGAGUACUAUGUCAAGGCCCCCACUCUAUCUGAUAGAGUUCACUGCCUAGUUAGUGCAAUACCAGCUAAUAAACUACCUAUGAUGAAUGCCAACAAGAAUGAUGAGAAUAAUGAUGUUUUCAAGAAGAUGAGAGCCAUCAGACUAGCUGCAAGUUACAUGGGAAUUCCCCAAAUGGUUAUUCUCACCAAAGUGGAUUUAGCCUGUCCAUUGGUGAGGAAAGACCUGAAAAAGGUAUAUAGGAGCAAGUAUAUAAAGGAGAAGAUGGAGCAGUGUAGUAAUGAACUGGGGGUACCAGUGAACUGCAUUUUGCCUGUGAAGAACUACCAUGAGGAAAUCGACUUGGAUGAUGACAUGGAUGUGCUACUAUUGAGAUCACUGAAGCAGAUGGUGGACUUUGCAGAGAGCUUCAAGCUAUCACAAGCUGACUGAUGGAUGUACAGUACUCAAUCUACAGCGUGUCACUCUGUAAUACCUCCAUCUAAAGAAGCCCUGUUCACACCUGGUAUUUACACCUGACUUUUGUGAUCC